AAUUCUCUCUGUCCGUCCAUUUUCAAUCUUCUUCUUCUUCUUGGUUCCUUCCCUCAAAUCCUACCAUAUUCCCUUCCUCUACAUCUGUACCCAAUACCCAUUUCCUCUCUCUCUCUCUCUCUCUCUCUCUCUGGUUGUGUCAGAGCAGAUCUAGAGGGUUUUUUUUUUUUUUGUUACCUUUUGUCUUCACAAGCAAGAGGACCCUUUGUGUCAGAAGGAAAUCCCAACUUCCAAUCCUUAUAUGGUCAUCUGUUUGUCUGUCUUUCAUCCCAAAAGGUAAUAUCUGUCAGAGAGUCGUACUAGGUUUAGGAUCUUCUUUGCAUGCCACCAUGACCACAACAAAGGGUGUAACCCUAAACACAAACUGUCGCAGAAUUAAGUUUGCUCGAAGAUUCAUCACUACCCUCUUGAGAAUGAGAAAGACUAGACCCUCUUCCAGCCUGUCUAUGGAGGCCGAUGUCCGCAAACGCAGUCAGAGAAUAAAGAUCGCGGCGUAUUCGGCCAUGGCUCAUGCAGUCGGGCCAAGAAGGGCUUGGAGCCGCGCCGUUCUUUUCAAGCUUCGAAGCCGAGCAAGGCACCAGAGUAUGAUUAGGAGGAGAUCCUUCCGUUUACAGAAGAAAAGAGUUGUUAAGAAUGAUAAUAUUCCCUCGGGAGAGGUAAGCCAAGCCGACAAGCUUAGACAGCUUGUGCCGGGUGGAAAAGCCAUGGAUGUGUGCAGCUUGUUAGAGGAGACAGCCCACUAUAUAAGCUGCCUUGCCACCCAGGUUAAGGUCAUGCAAACUAUUGCUGAUCGCUUUUCUAAAUGAGCAUCCUUAAUCUUUUCUACAUAUAGACAAUGUCAGGGAGGGAACACCAAAAAAAAAAAAAAAAAAAAAAGAAGAAAAAGAAAAAGAAAAAAAGAAUAAGGAUAGAUCAUAUACAAACCUAAACGUAUUUAAAGACUCUUACUCUUUUUCUUUUUUUUUCUUUUUUUUUUUUUUUUGAGGAGGACUCUUCCUUUUCUCUUGAUUGUACAUAGAUAAUCCGACUGGUAAUGAGGGGACGAUGAAUAGCCUUUUAUAUUACGAUUAUA